AUGACAGUUGAUUAUCUACCACUCAUUCAUGAUUCUGAUCUAGCCAACAAAAUUCAUCAUUCAUUUAAUAUUCUCGAACAAUGUUUAACUAAAUAUACACCAAAUCAAAUAGCAGUUGCGUUCACUGGUGGAAAAGAUUGUACCGUUGUCUUACAUCUAUAUUCGUUAGUAUUACAUAAAAAAUUUUCACAGUCAAAUAAGAAACCAUUAUUUCGUGCUGUGUUUAUUCAUAAUAAACCACAAUUCGAUGAUGUUUUACAAUUUAUCGAUGAAAGUGUCAAACGUUAUGAUUUACAUCUUAUUGAGAUCCAAGGUCUAAUGCGCGAUGCAUUAAAUCAACUGAAAUCUACUCAUCCUGAUAUUCAGUGUCUUAUAAUGGGUACACGUCUAACUGAUCCAUAUUCAUCAAAUUUAAAGGAUUUUUCACCAACUGAUCCAACAUGGCCUGCAUACAUGAGAUGUAAUCCAAUAUUAAAUUAUUCCUAUAAAGAUGUAUGGACAUUUUUGACAAAAUUUGAUGUGCCUUAUUGUUCAAUGUAUGAUCAAGGUUUUACGUCUUUAGGUGAUAAAGAAACAACAGCUAAAAAUCCGAGAUUACUAUAUGAAAAUGCUGAUACAGGUUUAAUGGAAUACAAACCAGCUUAUUUAUUAGAUGAUGGGAUCAGCGAACGAGAGGGACGUGUACAAUAA